AUGCGGCCUUCUCAUGUAAACAUUGGCUUCUGGCUGGUGUGGUUCAUAGCCCUGUUAUGGAGCUACAGGAACGGCUACGACGACCCUUCGUCCUUCUUCUACAAGAGCCGUAUCGCCUUUGAUCGCCGAUUCUCCGCCGUCCGCGAAGCCCAGGUCGACAAAUACCUCGAGCGCGAAAUCUACUCCCACAAGUACAAAGAGCGAACAGAAGUGCAGGUAGAGAACGAGUUUCUCUGCAUUGGAAUACCGAGCAUCAAUCGUACCACGUCGGCGUUUCUCGCGCACACCAUGGGAAGCCUUGUGGAUACGCUUACGCCGAAUGAGCGUAAUCAGAUACACAUCGUCGUGCUCCUCGCCGACAAGGACCCCAAGACGCAUUUCGCCUACGGUCAAGAUUGGCUGUUUGGCCUUGCGGAUGAUGUGAUUGUUUACUCCAACACCAGCACAAGCGAUGCGACCACUUCCAACCCCAACUACCAAGUCCUCCCACACGACAUCCGCAGCAUGGGGCGCAGCGACGAUCGCGUCGAGAAUAUCCGACUGGACCACUCCGUCCUCUUCGAAGCCUGUCGAAGGCGAGAUCCCACAUACUUUGCCCUCAUCGAAGACGAUAUAAUAGCCUCGCCGGAUUGGUUCACGCGGUUCAAGAAGGGUGUUAUUGAGGUUGAGCAGCGCGCGAAGGACAAUCACCACGAUUGGAUGUACCUGCGCUUGUUCUACUCUGAGAUACUUAUGGGAUGGAAUAACGAAGAGAUCUUCGACUACUUGCGUGUCGUCAUCUUGGGCUACACAUGCUUGAUCGGCUGCCUGCUCCUCACGCUUCGCUGCAGACGGCGUCGUCACGCAGGUUCAUUCGCCACCAAGGACUUCGCCCAAACCGUCGCACUCCUUCUCGGCCUCUGGAUCCCAGCCUGUCUUGCCUUAGCAUUUGUUACCGGUCGAACAUCGCUGCACCGACUCUUCACACGGUCCCCCACGGUGCGCGAAAUGCCUCGCUACGGAUGCUGCGCGCAGGGCCUUGUGUUUCCGAACCACCACCUGCAGAACCUACAGGAUUUCCUGCGCGAGCCGCCGUUCCAGUUCCCAGGCGACAUGAUCAUGGAGGAUUAUGCGCGCGAUAAUGGACUUACCAAGUGGGCGCUUGAUCCGAGUGUGAUGCAGCAUGUUGGGCUUGUCGAGUCUUCUGAUGGGCCAAGGAGAGCUGAGGUGUGGAAUUUUAGCUUUGAGAGAUUGCGCGAUUCACGGAAGUGA